AUGGAAGGACACGAUGCUGAUGACCAAGUCGCGAGAGAUGAUGAAGAGAACAACAAUAUACACACAGAGAGAGACACUCACACGUUCACGAUCCACUUGGGUGCGCCAGUGCCUUUCUGCCGCACAUGGGAAAAGCGGGGAGGAGGUCUGAGAGCGUCUCCUAAACUAGAUUUGGAGUACACCGAGAAGUCGUCGUAUGUGCCCAUGUGGCUUGCAGGGAGUCUAGGCGACCAUCUGACCUCGGGAGAUGUGGAGCCCGCGGUACGGAUGCUGAAUGGGCUCGGGCGUGCCACCGGCCGAUCUGCACAGACGGUGUCAUGUUCCUCCACCAAUGGCUCGGCAGAUUGGAAACACUUGGUGUCUCGCGAUGCAUGA